CACCCCCUCCUCCCCUCCUCCUCUCACCCCCAACCCACCGAAGGAGAAAAGAAAACCAAAAAGCCAACCGAACCCAAGCCAGCUCCAGGAAAACUUGCCGAACUCGCUCCGCUCCAUGCGGCGCUGACCCGCAGCCAUGGCCAUGGUGGCCGGCGGGUGGGGAGAACCCAACGGCGGCGGAGGAACGGCGGAGGAGGCGGCGUCCCCCGCGGGCGGCGGCAGCGACGCGGAGCACGGCGAGGAGGAGCGGCCCGGAGCGGCGGUGGACUGCGUGGUGUGCGGGGAUAAAUCCAGCGGGAAGCACUACGGCGUCUUCACCUGCGAGGGCUGCAAGAGCUUCUUCAAACGCAGCAUCCGCAGGAACCUCAGCUACACCUGCAGGUCCAACCGUGACUGCCAGAUCGACCAACACCACCGCAACCAAUGCCAGUACUGCCGCCUGAAGAAGUGCUUCCGUGUGGGGAUGAGGAAGGAAGCCGUGCAGAGGGGCCGCAUCCCCCCCACCCACUCCAGCGCCAGCCCCACAGCCAUGCCCAGCGGGGAGUACUUCAACGGGCAGCCGGUGUCCGAGCUCAUCUCACAGCUGCUGCGGGCUGAGCCCUACCCUGCCGCCCGCUACGGCUCCCAGUACGCGCAGCAGGGCAGCGUGAUGGGCAUCGACAACAUCUGCGAGUUGGCCGCCCGCCUGCUCUUCAGCACGGUGGAGUGGGCACGCAACAUCCCCUUCUUCCCCGAGCUGCCCGUCUCUGACCAGGUGGCUUUGCUGCGGCUCAGUUGGAGCGAGCUCUUCGUGCUCAACGCGGCGCAGUCGGCGCUGCCGCUGCACAUGGCCCCGCUGCUGGCAGCUGCUGGCUUCCACGCCUCCCCCAUGUCGGCCGACCGCGUUGUCUCCUUCAUGGACCAGAUCCGCAUCUUCCAGGAUCAGGUGGAGAAGCUCAACAGGCUGCAGGUGGAUUCAGCUGAGUACAGCUGCCUCAAAGCCAUUGCGCUCUUCACGCCGGAUGCCUGCGGCCUGUCGGACCCGGCACACGUGGAGGGGCUGCAGGAGAAGGCUCAGGUGGCACUGACGGAGUACGUGCGCUCUCAGUACCCAUCGCAGCCGCAGCGCUUCGGGCGGCUCCUGCUGCGCCUGCCUGCCCUGCGCGCCGUGCCUGCAGCCCUCAUCUCACAGCUCUUCUUCAUGCGCCUGGUGGGGAAGACGCCCAUCGAAACACUAAUCAGGGACAUGCUGCUGUCUGGGAGCACCUUCAACUGGCCCUAUGGGACGGGGCAGUAGGGAUUGGUGAUGCUCCCUGAGGACGCCGCGAUGCCAACCUUCCCGAAAUGCUGCCCUGCGGUGCCACCCGGGGGAGUCCGAACUGUGCCAAGAGAAGGGGAACCCUGAGAGCUGCAUGGCCACAGCCCCGUGCUCCGGAACCCAAAGGUACCACUCCUCACUGCAGGUGGAUGUUGGACUUUUUCUAGACCCCAUCACAGCAGCGAUCCUGGCUCUGGGAAGGGGCUCUGGGACCCCCACCCGAAUUGCAGACGUCGGGGUGGAGGUGAUGGAACACACAGACGAGAGGCUCUGAAAAGCCUCCUUUGUACCCUCCCAGGACAGACCUAUCCUCCAGGACUGAAGACACCGACCCGGGAGCAGAGGAUUGCCCACCCCUCUCCCUGGGGGGGCACAGGGUGGUGUUGGGGGGGGAAGGUGAAGAUGGGAUGGGGUCACAGAGCACCAUGCACAGGGGGGGGGGUGCAAAGAGAGGAGUCUUUGGGUGCGCUGCACCCAGCCCAGCCCUUGUGGCUCACUCCAUCCCCCACUGCCUGCUUGGUGCUUGGCUCCCCCCCCCAGAUUUGGGGUUGGGGGAGGGAUGUGAGCAGCAUCCUCCCACUACGCUCUGUUCCCAUGCUUCAUUUCUAAGCCAGGACCCCGUGAGAGGGAUGCAGGUGGUAGGGGGAACCAAAAAUCCAGGGGGGGGGGAUGAUGACUCCCCCUCUCCCCCCCCCCCC